UUCUCUCUGAGUUUUGGGUCUGAAUUGACUUGAACAAACUUGUUCUCCUUUAAUGUUCAGAGUUAACAGUCUGCUGUUCUCCCUCUCAGACUGACUUCAGAUCAGAAGAUGAGUGAUCGUGUGGAGGAAGAGGAGGACGGAGCAGAGUCUGUAGUAUCUGGAUGUCUGUCUGUGAAGAGUGACUGGUCCAAAGAUUAUCCUCUGAACUUCAGUAAUGAAGCUGGACCCUCAGGCACAAAGUUUCAGUCCAGACAGAUAGCAGAGUCUGUAGUAUCUGGAUGUCUGUCUGUGAAGAGUGACUGGUCCAAAGAUUAUCCUCUGAACUUCAGUAAUGAAGCUGGACCCUCAGGCACAAAGUUUCAGUCCAGACAGAUAGCAGAGUCUGUAGUAUCUGGAUGUCUGUCUGUGAAGAGUGACUGGUCCAAAGAUUAUCCUCUGAACUUCAGUAAUGAACCUGGACCCUCACGCACAAAGUUUCAGUCCAGACAGACAGCAGAGUCUGUAGUAUCUGGAUGUCUGUCUGUGAAGAGUGACUGGUCCAAAGAUUAUCCUCUGAACUUCAGUAAUGAACCUGGACCCUCAGACACAAAUGAUGAACCAGGAUCCUCAGGUGGCCAGUCUGCUUCAUCAGGACACGACUCUGAUCCAAUGUGUGGCGAGAGAUACAGAACAAGACCUGGACUGCAGACAGCCAGUCAGACCAGCACUGUGCAAAUGAUUGGUGGUCUGCAGGAGGUUUUACAGGAACAUAAGAUCAGUUUGAGGAGGAGAUGUGAACAUGUGACUGAAGGAAGUGAUGGAACAGGAAGUGGAACCCUCCUCAACACGAUCUACACUGAGCUCUACAUCACAGAGGGACAGAGUGAAGAGGUUAAUACCCAACAUGAGGUGAUGCAGCUGGAGACAGCUUCCAAGAAGAAGAACGUCCACGGCAUUCCGAUCAAGUGCCAGGACAUCUUUAAAGCCUUACCUGACCAACAGGGACGCAUCAGAUUGGUUCUGACGAACGGUGUCGCUGGUGUUGGAAAAACCUUCUUGGUGCAGAAGUUCAGUCUGGACUGGGCAGAGGGUUUGGAGAACCAAGAUGUCAGUGUGGUGAUUCCGCUUUCGUUCAGGGAGCUGAACUUGAUCAGAGAUGAGCAGUACAGUCUUCUGGAGCUGCUCCAUGUUUUCCAUCCAACAUUACAGAAGGUCCCAGCAGAGAAGCUCGCCGUCUGUAAACUUCUGUUCAUCUUUGAUGGCCUGGAUGAAAGCAGACUUUUGAUGCAUUUCAACAACAAGGAGAUUGUGUCUGAUGUCACACAGAAGUCAUCGGUCAACAUGCUGCUGACAAACCUCAUCGAGGGGAAUCUGCUUCCGUCGGCUCUCAUCUGGAUAACUUCCCGACCUGCGGCGGCCAAUCAGAUCCCUCCUGUGUUUGUUGACAGGGUGACAGAAGUACGAGGCUUCACUGACGCCCAGAUGGAGGAGUACUUCAGGAGGAGGGUCAGUGAUGAAGAGCGGUUCAGCACAAUCAUCUCACACAUCCAGACAUCCAGGAGCCUUCACAUCAUGUGUCUGAUCCCAGUCUUCUGCUGGAUCACUGCCACAGUUCUGGACCACAUGUUGACUACAGAGCAGAGAGGAGAGCUGCCCAAGACCCUGACUGACCUGUACUCACACUUCCUGCUGGUUCAGACCAAGAAGAAGAAGCAGAAGUAUGAUGAGGGACAUGAGAAGAGUCCACAGGAGCUGAUGGUGGCUGACAGAGAAGUUCUUCUGAAGCUGGGGAGGCUGGCGUUUGAAGAGCUGCAGAAAGGAAACAUCAUGUUCUACCAAGAAGACCUGGAGCGCUGUGGUCUCCAUGUCACAGAGGCCUCGUUGUACUCAGGAGUUUGUACAGAGAUCUUCAAAAGAGAGAGUGUGAUCUUCCAGAAAACAGUCUAUUGCUUUGUUCAUCUGAGCGUUCAGGAGUUUCUUGCUGCAGUCUACAUGUUCCACUGUCACGCCAGCAGGAACACAAAGGGACUGGACAGUUUUCUGUGGACAUAUUGGGGUAAUGACAACAGUAAACUUUCCCUUCCUGACUUCCUGAAGAAAGCCAUGGAGAAAUCCCUUGAUAGUAAAAAUGGCCACCUGGACCUGUUUGUCCGCUUCCUUCAUGGCCUCUCUCUGGAGUCCAACCAGAGACUGUUAGGAGGCCUGCUGGGUCAGACAGACAACAGUCCAGAAGUCAUCCAGAGAGCCAUCAACAACCUUAAGAGGAUGAACACUGGUUUGAUCUCUCAUGGCGGAAGCAUCCUGGAGGAGAUGGACAUUGAGAAGAUCUCUCCUGACAGAAGCAUCAACAUCUUCCACUGUCUGACGGAGAUGAACGACCUCUCAGUCCAUCAAGAGAUCCAAGAAUUCCUGAAGUCAGAGAACAGAGCAAAGAAGUGCAUCUCUGAUAUCCACUGCUCAGCUCUGGCUUACAUGCUGCAGAUGUCAGAGGAGGUUAUAGAUGUGUUGGACCUGUGGAAGUACAGCACAUCAGAGGAGGGAAAACGGAGACUGAUUCCAGCUGUGAGGAACUGCAGGAAAGCUCGACUUCUUCAAUGUCAACUCUCUGAGACUCACUGUGAAGUUGUGGCCUCAGCUCUGAAGUCCAACCCCUCCCAUCUGAGAGAGCUGGACCUGAGUGGAAACCCCCUGCAGGAUUCAGGAGUGAAUCGGCUGUGUGCUGGACUGGAGAGUCCAAACUGCAGACUGGAGACUCUGAGAUUGCAGAAGUGCGAUUUUUCAAAGAUCAGCUGUGUUUCUAUGGCCUCAGCUCUGAAGUCCAACCCCUCCCAUCUGAGAGAGCUGGAGCUGAGCUACAACACGCUGCAGGAUUCAGGAGUGAAGCUGCUGUGUGAUUUUCUGCAGAAUCCAAACUGCAGACUGGAGACUCUGGGAUUGAGUGGCUGCAAGUUGUCAGCGAUCAGCUGUGCUUCUCUGGCCUUAGCUCUCAAGUCCAACCCCUCCCAUCUGAGAAAGCUGGAGCUGAACUUCAACAAGCUGCAGGAUUCAGGAGUGAAGCUGCUGUGUGAUCUUCUGCAGAGUCCAAACUGCAGACUGGAGACUCUGGGGUUGAGGAACUGCAGUUUGUCAGAGAUCAGCUGUGCUUCUCUGGCCUCAGCUGUGAAGUCCAACCCCUCCCAUCUGAGAGAGCUGCACCUUAGCAUCAACAGGCUGAAGGAUUCAGACAUGAAGCUCCUGUUUGAUCUGAAGAAGAGUCCACACUGCAGACUGGAGACUCUGGAUUGAAGUGAUCUUCAGUAAAGUCCAGUCCCCCAUCCUCCCUGUGUGUUCCUCUGGAUGUGACAGAGUAUCAUCAGAUUAUCUGGACUGCUCCGCUGCUGCUCUGUCCUUCUACACAGUCUCUGCACUGCAAAAAAGUGGUGACUAAAUAAAGAUUUCUUAAAUUAAGAUUGCUGAAUCUAGAAAUAAGCAUGUUGAACACUUAAGAUAAUAAAUUAACUCUUAAAACAAGAUAAAUUAUCUAACACCUCUAAAUCUGAAGUUUCUUACUGUAUAUCUUGGUAAGAAACAAAUAAUUUGCAGUGCACUCUGCUUGUUUUAAGAGUUAGUUUCUUAUUUUAAGCGUACAACAUGCUUAUUUCUUGUCAAGUGAAAUUAUCUGUCUAGGCAGCAGUAUAAUUUCCCCCAGAUCUAGUGUUUUUAUCUUGUUUUUAGACACACCUUUUUUGCAGUGUGCAGACACACUGAGACUCCUCCACACUCACACACCUCCUCCACCUGAAUUUCCACCUGGACAGGAGGAGAAAACUGUCAAAACUAAAGUGUGAACUGAAUCAAAGCUUCACUGAAGUCGACCAACUGAAACAGGAUUCUGUUUUGACUUUCUCUCUCACACAGUGAAAACCAACAAACUGUAGUUUAAACUGCUUCCUUCUUCAAUCUUCCUUAAAUAGUAUUAUUAGGCUCCAAACUUGCCUUUUAUUAUCAUCAUGUGCAGAUUUUUUCUUAUCGCUUUUUUAAAGAGUAUUUUCAAGUCAGAUUGUUUUUUGUAGAAAAAAGAGCUAAAAACUGUAAAGUCAGCUGGUAAUUUCUGUGGUUUUGUUACUACCAAAAAACCCUAUAUCAUGAUCCAUUGUCAAAAUAAAAUGUUGUAAACUGAAGGUGCAACAGUUAGUACUGUCGCCUCACAGGGUCACAGGUUUGAACCCAUCUCGGGCUCUUCUGUGUGGAGUCUGCAUGUUCUCCCCGUGUCAGCGUGGGUUCUCUCCGGGUCCUCCAGCUUCCUCCCACAGUUAGAAAACAUGCAACUUAGGUUUAACUGGUGAUUCCAAAUGUCCAGUAGGAGUGAAUGAGACUGUGACGGUUGUGUCUCUUUUUCUCCUUUGUCAAACACUGAACAACACCAGAAAAAUUCACAUUUCACAUUUUUCAUCCGUUUUAAUAUUUGUAUCGCAGUUUGUAUUACUGCAGGAAAAAUAAAAGCACAAUUCCUGAUAUUCAGAUUCUGUUUUAAUUGUAGUCUGAUAUAAAUCUCCACAAUCCAGCUCCUCUGAAUAUAAAUGUUCUGCGUGUUGAUGUAAAUGAAGCAAGUUUUUCUAACGACUCACCUGGAUUUCAAGAGUUCAGGCCCAGUCUCCCAUCAGUGCCAAUAGACCAGAAUAGAUAAGAAAUACAGAAUAUAAACAUUUAAUCAGUUUUUAGGAUUUAAAACUAAAGCUCAGAUUUCCUCUUACAGAUUUGACUUUGUCUCACAAUCAGAAAGUGUUUGCUCACACCAGACACAAACUCAUGUGCAGUGAGGUAAAUCAUUUCCUCUCCUGCCUCCUUCAGAGACUCAUCAGAAAGACAAUCUGUCCACUCAGUGGUCACUUUAUUAGGUACAGCUGUAUACCUGCUUGUUAAGGCAAACACUGAGAAAAACAUUUAAACUCAAGCAGCAUUUUUUUUUCUCUGAGUUUAAGGAAUUUAGUAACCUGUGUUUACAUUGUGCAGUUACAGAUAAAUUACGCAUGAUGAGCUUUAUAAGGCUGAUCAUUAAAUUAUUUAAAAUGUGACUGUUUUAGGCAGAACAAUUAAGUUACAUUAAGAGAUAAAUGAGGUGAUUCUGAGUUAUCCUGACAUUAUAUUCCUGGCAUUGUAGAGAAUUAUUAAAGCACAAUUUACCAUUAUGGGAAUGUGUGUCAGGGCCUUGAAAAAAAAACUUUCAUCGGACAAUGAAAAUAAUUGUAUAAAUAAAUAGAAUAAAAACAAACACAAAAAAAAAUGAAGUUUGUGGAGACAAGGGGGGAAAUACAAAGGGACAAUAACGUAAAAAAUAUUUAAUAAACAAAAACAGACAUAUACAUUUAUGUUGCAUUAUUUGAACGAAUGCCUUAAUUUAAUUUUUAAAAUAAGUGUUUAUACAAAGACAAAAAAAGAAUAGAAAUAGAAAGGUGCUUUCAUUGGACACUGGAAAAAAUAUACAUAGAAAUAUAAAUGUGGGAAAAUAAAAAGAAAUAAAACAAAAAUAAAGAAGUUUAAUGACAAACAAGAAAAAAUAAAUAAAAGGGAAAAUAAUAAAAUAAUUGAAAUGAAAAUAAAUAUACAUUAAUGUUUUGUUGUAUCAAUGAAUGCCUACAUUGUUUAAUAUAAUUUCUGGCACAUAUUGUAUAAUAAAUGAAUUUGUAAGCUC